CUGGGAGCCUCUGAGGUCUCCAUGGCCUCACCCACCUCCAUCAACCCGGAGCAUGCCCACUUUGAGAGCGUCCUGCAGGCCCAGCUGUGCCAGGAUGUGCUGAGCAGCUUCCAGGGGCUAUGCAGGGCCCUGGGGCUGGAGCCUGGUGGGGGGCUGCCCCAGUACCACAAGAUCAAGGCCCAGCUCAACUACUGGAGUGCCAAGUCGCUGUGGGCCAAGCUGGACAAGAGAGCAAGCCAGCCUGUCUACCAGCAGGGCCGGGCCUGCACCAGCACCAAGUGCCUGGUGGUGGGUGCUGGACCUUGUGGGCUGCGGGCUGCUGUGGAGCUGGCGAUGCUUGGGGCCCGAGUGGUGCUGGUGGAAAAGCGCACCAAGUUCUCUCGUCACAACGUGCUCCACCUCUGGCCCUUCACCAUCCAUGACCUUCGGGCACUCGGCGCCAAAAAGUUCUAUGGGCGCUUCUGCACAGGCUCCCUGGACCACAUCAGCAUCCGGCAACUUCAGCUGCUUUUGUUGAAAGUUGCGUUACUGCUGGGGGUGGAAAUUCACUGGGGUGUCACUUUCACUGGCCUUCAGCCCCCUCCCAGAAAGGGGAGUGGUUGGCGUGCCCAGCUCCAGCCCAGCCCCCCAGCCCAACUGGCCAACUAUGAAUUUGAUGUCCUCAUCUCUGCAGCUGGAGGUAAAUUCGUCCCUGAAGGCUUCACAGUGCGGGAAAUGCGUGGCAAACUGGCCAUUGGCAUCACGGCCAACUUUGUGAACGGGCGCACCGUGGAAGAGACACAGGUGCCCGAGAUCAGCGGCGUGGCCAGGAUCUACAACCAGAGCUUCUUCCAGAGCCUGCUUAAAGCCACAGGCAUUGAUCUGGAGAACAUCGUGUACUACAAGGAUGACACCCACUACUUUGUGAUGACAGCCAAGAAGCAGUGCCUGCUACGGCUGGGGGUGCUGCGUCAGGACUGGCCGGAGACCGACCGCCUGCUGGGCAGCGCCAAUGUGGCGCCCGAGGCUUUGCAGCGCUUUGCUCGGGCAGCUGCUGACUUCGCCACCCACGGCAAGCUCGGGAAGCUGGAGUUUGCCCAGGAUGCCCACGGGCGGCCCGAUGUCUCUGCCUUUGACUUCACAAGCAUGAUGCGGGCAGAGAGCUCUGCUCGGGUGCAGGAGAAGCAUGGCGCCCGCCUGCUGCUGGGGCUGGUUGGGGACUGCCUGGUGGAGCCCUUCUGGCCCCUGGGCACUGGAGUGGCCCGGGGCUUCUUGGCAGCCUUUGACGCCGCCUGGAUGGUGAAGCGCUGGGCAGAGGGCGCUGGGCCCCUAGAGGUGUUGGCAGAGAGAGAGAGCUUGUACCAGCUCCUGUCACAGACAUCCCCAGAAAACAUGCACCGCAAUGUGGCCCAGUAUGGGCUGGACCCAGCCUCCCGCUAUCCCAACCUGAACCUCCGGGCCGUGACCCCCAGUCAGGUACGAGACCUGUAUGAUGUGGAGGCCAAGGAGCCUGUGCUGAGAAUGAGUGACAAGACAGACUCAGGAAAGCCGGCCACUGGGUCGGUGGCCACCCAGGAGGAGCUGCUACACUGGUGCCAGGAGCAGACGGCUGGGUACCCAGGGGUCCAUGUCACCGACCUGUCUUCCUCCUGGGCAGAUGGGCUGGCUCUGUGUGCUCUCGUGCACCGGCUGCGGCCCAGCCUGCUGGAACCCUCAGAGCUGCAGGGAGUCGGGGCUCUGGAAGCAACUUCUUGGGCACUGAAGAUGGCGGAGCAUGAGCUGGGCAUCACGCCCGUGUUGUCUGCACAGGCAAUGGUGGCAGGGAAUGACCCACUGGGCCUCAUUGCCUACCUCAGCCACUUCCAUAGUGCCUUCAAGAGCACACCUCACAACCCAGGCCCAGUCAGCCAAGGCUCCUCGGGCACUGCCAGUGCUGUGCUGUUCCUUGGCAAACUGCAGAGGACCCUGCGACAGACCCGGUCCCAGGGAAACGGGGAGGAUGCUGGUGGCAAGAAGCGUGUGGAGGUAGAGGCUGAGACCCCAAGUACUGAGGAGCCACCUGUCCCAGAGCCUGAUAUACCAGUGACACUCCCAUCCCAAUACCAGGAGGCCAGUGCCGAGGAUCUGUGUGCACUGUGUGGGGAACACCUCUAUAUCCUGGAACGCCUCUGUGCCAAUGGCCGUUUCUUCCACCGGAGCUGCUUCCGUUGCCAUAUCUGUGAGGCCACAUUAUGGCCAAGUGGCUACGGGCAGCACCCAGGAGAUGGACAUUUUUACUGCCUCCAGCACCUGCCCCAGCCAGGCCACAAAGAGGAUAGCAGCGACAGAGGCCCUGAGAGUCAGGACCUUCUCACACACAGUGAGAAUAACAUGCCAUCACGCCCUUCGAUCCCCGGGGCCCCCCAGGAGGGGACCAGUCCUGUCCCAAGCCAGCCCACCCGUCGGCUGAUCCGCCUCUCCAGCCCAGAACGCCAGCGGUUAUCCUCCCUUCAUCUCACCCCUGACCCGGAAAUGGAGCCUCCACCCAAGCCCCCCCGAAGCUGCUCCGUCUUGGCCCGCCAGGCCCUAGAGGGAAGUUUUGUGGGCUGGGGAAUGCCAGUCCAGAGCCCUCAAGUUCUUGUGGCCAUGGAGGAGGAGGAAGAAGAGAGUCCCUGCUCCAGUGACGAGGAAGCAGAGGAAGACGUGCCGUUGGACUCAGACACGGAACAGGUUCUGUGGAACUUGGCUAAGAACUCAGGCACCAUGAACAGUUACCCAACGUGGCGUCGGACUCUGCUGCGCCGUGCUAAGGAGGAGGAGAUGAAGCGGUUCUGCAAGGCUCAGGCCAUCCAACGGCGACAAAAUGAGAUCGAGGCUGCCCUGAGGGAGCUGGAGGCCAAGGGCACAGAGCUGGAGCUGGCUUUGAGGAGCCGGAGCAGUUCCCCUGAACAGCAAAAGGCACUAUGGCUAGAACAGUUGCUACAGCUUGUUCAGAAGAAAAACAGCCUGGUGGCCGAGGAGGCUGAGCUCAUGAUCACGGUGCAGGAGCUGAACUUGGAGGAGAAACAGUGGCAGCUGGACCAAGAACUGCGAACCUACAUGAACCGGGAAGAAACCCUGAAGACAGCUGCUGACCGGCAGGCUGAGGACCAGGUCCUGAGGAAGCUAGUGGAUGUGGUGAACCAGCGAGAUGCCCUCAUCCGCUUCCAGGAGGAGCGCAGGCUCAGUGAGCUGGCCUCGGGGCCAGGGCCCCAGGGCUAGAACAGGGUAGGCUGCCUGUCUUCUUCUCUGCAAGGAAGACUGCCUCACCCCAGGACAGUGCCACCCUGUUCAUCGGGGCUGCCUGGGAGAGGCCUCACUGUUUACAAUAAAAAAGCCUCUGCC